CGAUUCUUGAGCGAGAUUUUUCCCGAGGAUCACACCGAUCUUUUAUGGGUUCCCGAUGGGUAAGAUUUCUGCCAUUUUCCCUAGGGUUAGAGCUAACUGUAGGCUUGAUUCUACUUCUAUUUGUAGAUUGAUAUCCUUUUUUUCAUUGGCAAAAUUGGUUGCUAUGUGUGUAGGAUGGAUCCCAAUUCAUCCUACAGGCUGGCUGCCCGAGUAGGUGCUUAUGUGAAAUUUAAUGAUGAUGAUGGUCGUGAAUAUUGUGAAGCAUGUAACAUUCCUAAGGUUUUAGACAGGGAUAGUACAAAUUGGAAUGAUUUGCUGCUUGACAUUAGUGCAGAAAUUAAACUUGGCUCUAAACAUAAAUUACGUGUCACAUUUUGGGAUAAAAUGAGUUGUACUUAUGAAGAGAUCACUUCUGAUCAGAAAUUGCUUCAUGCAAUUGACAUGUAUUGGGAGUCAAGGAGGCUAUCUGUACAAGUCCGUGUUCUGAGAAAGGAUGAUUUAGAAGUCAUGCAUGAUGUUGGAUGGUUGGAGAGCAUGCCUUGUGUGUUGCAAGGAAGCACUGAUAUCCCAGCUAACCAAAUUAUUGCACAACCCCCACUUGAAAUAGCCUCAUCCCUUGUAGAGCCUUCUAUCCAUAACAACAAUGAAGUGCCAUGGGUGGAUGAUGAGGUAGAGUAUGUUGGUCUGGAUGAUGAGGACCCAGUUUCUGAUUCAUCCGACUCUGAACUAGAUGAUGAUGGUCUAAAUAGGGAGUAUGUUGGCUUGGAGGAUGAAUUAGUUGUGGAUGAUGCAUGGGGCUGUGAGAAUAUUGUCCAUGCAACUGACUUAGAGAAUCCAAGAAUAGAAGUUGGUAUAACUUUUGGGGAUGGCGAUACUUUUAAGAAAGCUAUAAGACAAUAUGCAAUAAAAGGUGAAUAUGAAAUUGCAGCUCCCUAUUCUGAGGCAACACGGUAUAGAGCCUAUUGCAAGGCUAAAGGGUGCAAGUGGCGGAUACAUGCGUCACGAUUGCAGGACGAGAGGACUUGGAAGAUAAAGAAGAUGCCUCAUGCUCACACUUGUCAAAGUACAGGAAAAGUUGAGAAGAACUGCAUGGCAACAAACCAUUGGGUCAAGGAUAGAGUUCGUGAUUGGCUUGCCAAAGAUGCUAUAAUUGGGGCAAAAGCAUUGCAAAAAAGGCUAGAGGAGCAAUAUCACCUGCAGUUGUCAUAUUGGGUAGUGUGGGAUGGAAGAAAAAUGGCUUUGGAACAGCUGAAAGGGAAGUGGGAUGAUAGUUUUGAACAUGUUUGGAGUUUCAAGGCUGAGGUGGAGAAGACCAAUCCCGGCAGUUUGGUGGACAUUGAACCUUUUCUUGGUGUGGACUCCACCCAUUUGACUGGAAAAUGGAAGGGUCAACUUGCAUCUGCGACUGCUAUUGAUGGGAAUAAUUGGAUGUUCCCUGUCUGUUACAGCGUGUUUGGGUCAGAGACAACUGAAAAUUGGUCUUGGUUUUUCAGCAGACUUCAUCAAGCAAUUGGGUCACCUCCGGGAUUAGUGAUUUCAACAGAUGCUGGCAAAGGAAUUGAUUCUGCUGUUACUCAAGUGUUCAACAAUGGGGUUGAGCAUAGGGAGUGCAUGAGGCAUUUAGUUGCAAAUUUUCAGAAAAGAUUUCAAGGUGAGCAUGUCAAGGAGAUUGAUGGAAUUAGAACCAUCUACACCAACAAGGGCCAUCACUCCUGUUUCUUCUCCAAGUCCUAUGACAAGGGGCCGCAAGAGGAUGCUAUUUGA